UGUUGCGGAAGUGACUAGUCUACGUGUUGGAAGAAGGUUGGUGGGGACCGUGUUUGACUACUUGUCCACGCCGUCCACGCUGCUGUCUAACCCGGCCCAGGACUCCGUGUCCGGUUCAAAGCCUCCGCUACCUCCCACCCCACCGACGUCAGGCGAAUGGAAACGCCGUUGAGCCGCUGCCGGGGCGUAUAAAUGGGACGAGGAGCCGCCGACGGGCUGUAAUGCUGCGGCGCGCUCGGCGGGGUCUCCGGCAGGUGCUGAGUCUGAUGGCCCGGAGACCAGAACUCCUUUGCGGGGCCAUCGUGCUCGGAGUUCUGCUAGUGUUGGCCGUCAAGAUGACAUGCAGUCGUGCCAAAAAUGUUGUGGCAGCAGCUCGCCCGCCCCUGCGCUUCUUCUCCACUGAAUCCCCAGUCAUAGACCUCUACAUGGGCCAGCUGGACUCUGUGGAGCGACUCAGGAGCAUGGCCGAGGUGUCUUUUGUUUUCUUCUAUGCGCCCUGGUGUGCCCACUCCAUGGCCGCCAGACAAGAAGUGCAGCUGGUGGCGAAGAAGCUGGCCAAACAGGUGCAGUUUGUGGCCAUAAACUGCUGGUGGAGUAAAGGCAAGUGCAGGAAGCAGAAGCACAUUUACCAGUAUCCCAUCAUCCAGCUCUUCUACCGACGAUUUGGACCCAUCGAGUACAGAGGUCCAUUUGUGGCCGCCUACGUGCAAAGUUUCAUCCUUCGGGUCAUCACGCCUCUUACUUAUCUCCCGACCAGAGAAACGCUGCAAGAGUUCCUCUCCUGGCACGAGUCACGAGUGGUGGGUUUCUUCGACUUCAACUCCUCCCCUCAGCCGCCAGGCUAUGUCACAUAUCUGACCUCUGCUCUGGAGGCCCUAAAAAGAGAUUUUCGGGGCACGGUGCGAUUUGGGGUGGUGACCAACAGACAGGUGGCCGGUGCCAUCUCAAUGAAGGAGGAUGAAAGUAUUUACCUCCACAGAAGAUUCAACACUUCUUUGAUUUUCCCAAGGAGGGACCGUAACCUGACCACGCAGGCUGUCUGCAAUUGGGUGUUUGAGCACCGUGAGAGCGUCCUGCAGUGGCUGCAGCCUCCAGGUACCAAGUCUUACCUGCUGGAACAGGAGCUAAGCAAAGGUGCCGCACUGCUGCUCUUUCUGCCGCACAAUCCGCUCGACGCCAAGCCAGACGGCCUCCUACAGCAGGUAGCAGACCUGGCUCUGCGCUAUCAUUCCUGUGACUCCACGCUGAAUCAAGGCUCCAGCUGGCCAUGUUGCCAGUGUAUAAUUGUCCCUAACGCCAGUGUGUUGUGUGACGUGUGCUCACUCCACUCCACGCCUCUAGGGGGAGCCACACUAAAACACUGCUGCCAUGAUGACCGAGCGCCUCUGACAUGCAGCAGCUUCCAGCUGAGCUACAGCCCAAUGAACAAACACAGUGCCUGCUGCAGAAAAGUACCUCAGCUCCACAAAACCAAAGAAGUAUCCAGAAGUUCCUCGUCCAAAGACGACAACCUCACGGGGCUCCGCUGUCAGACCAACAGGACGCUCAGGUUCUACCUGCUGGACGUCGACCAGAAUUGGCCCCUGGCCGUACGGCUCGGAGCGGAGCUCCACAGGAACAGGAGCAUUGAGCAUGGCCACCAGGGGACUGGAGAGCAAGGUGACGGCUCGUUUGCGGCCAUAGUCAACCUGAAGGACGAGGUUCAUUAUGUGCUCCAGCGAAACCGUGCCGACAGCCUGACUGAGUCUUUAGAAGCCUUCAUCAGGAAUUUCAGCUCCCCCUACAGCCUCCUGCAGAGACACCUGCUGGGAGAGGACCAGAGGGGAGGCGCAGCUACAAAGCCUGAUGAGUCUGAGCCUCCAAGGACGCUCAUCACCGAGCUGACCACCUCCUCCUUCCUGCCUUGUGUCAUGAACCUCCAUAAGGAUGUGCUGCUCUUCUACUACACUCAGUGGUGCGGAUUCUGCUCCGUCCUCAACCACGUCCUCAUCCAGCUGGCCAGAUUACUGCAGCGCAACAGCAACGUCACUGUGGCCAGGGUGAACGUUGCACGUAACGACCUUCCGUGGGAGUUCAUGGCGGAUCGAGUUCCCUCCAUUCUUUUCUUUCCCCGAUACAGGAAACAUGAAAGCAGGAAGUUUCCAGAUGAUCUUCCCAUCACGCUUCCAAACCUCCUUCGCUUCAUCCUGAAGCAUUCCGGCCCGCCGCCCGACACGGAGGAGCCUUCAGCGCCACGCCGCGAGGAUGACGCGUCACGACCCGACGGUGUCCUACGUGCGGAGUUAACCGCCCUCCAGGAGGAGGUACGGACGCUGCACCGCGCCCGCGAGCUUCUUUCCCAGCAACUGGCACAGCUGUGGCGCGACAACCGCCGGCUAAAGUUCGACACCAGCAACCUCCAAGCGCAGAACGCCGAGCUGCAGCAGGCGAGACGGAGCUUGGAGGAGCAGCACCAGGAGAAGAGCCGGCAGCUGGGCGAGGCAGUGAGGCGACUGCAGGAGCUGGCGGACGCCUCGGAGAACUUGCUUAGCGAAAACACGCUGCUGAGGGUCCUGCUGAAGACCCUCAGAGACACCGCCGAGGCGAAGGAGCAGGAAGGAGAUGCUUCCAUGCCAAGAGGAAGCCAUUUAGCAAGCUGACGGUUGCUAGGGGCGACGGGAGCUCCAAGAAAUGAAGGAAUGAAGCAGCAUGAAUAUGUGGGGAAGCCUGGCUAGUUUGAUCGCAGAACUCAACAAAGUGUUGGAUAGAAGUGGCCAUAUUUGCGGAAGAAUUAUAAUAUCACAACAACAGCAAGGUCCCACACAAUUUACACAUUAUUCUAAUAAACACUCAAAAAUGAACACAAUUGUUUAAUUUACUGAAUUAUCAAAUAUCCAACUACUGUACGUUUGUAAUGUGCAGUUAUUAAGUUAGAAGGAAUGACUGGUCCAAAAUGAUGUGAUAUUUGUGAGCACUAGCACACAACAAAAAGACAAAAACAACCUUUGGAGGAGGUUAGGACUUUAGUGCCAACAAUGCUGCUCCUGUUUUCGUCCUCACUACUCUACAAUAAAGACAUUUUUUUUUGUAACCACAGCAAACGCACGUGGGCUAGUACAUUUUUAAAGACGUGAACAAAAAAAAAAACAUUCUAAAGAUGAUCCACUGAUGUUGUGAAGCCUGAACCUAUUUUUACAUGAUGCAUUUAAUCACUAAUAAAUUACAUUUCUAAUGAUUCAGGUAUGGAAAUGCUGCAAUUGUUUACAUGUGAAAUGUUGCAACACUUUUUACGUAUUAAAUUUCUUUAUCUAUA